GACGGUGGCUUGGAGGACACCCAGGUGCUGACAAAAGGAGCUGUGCUUAGAGUCCACGUUUCUUUAGGAUACCCUCUCGCUAUUGCAAGUCUUUUUGAGCCAAGAGUUCGGCAAGGCAUCCGGUCACAACUGUCUGUUCUUUUUCACUAAGAUGCGAUACGCAUUCGAAAGGCAGGUAGCUUUUUACUCUAUCUGUGCAAACAGUCACCUCUUCCGUGGUAAGCAAUUAAGGUUUCCUCUAGCAAACAUCGUUUUUGACAUUUGUAGUUCAGUGCUUUGCAGCCCUUAAAGUUAGCUCCAACGACUGAAGUAAAGAUGCCUUAUGAAACCCCCCUGUAGAAAGCAGUCUUUCUUUAAAAAACGUGUUAAGUAUUAUUAUUGUGCACCCCCCCUCCCCCCUUCCCCGUCCACAAAAUUCAGUUCAGUAAACCUUAAGGAGCAAAUGAUAUAUCUACCAUUCUUGUCAAUGUCACGGCCUUGUGUCACGAUGCCGAAAGGUAUCUCCUCAAAUUAUUGUUCCUCAGUGGUUGUUUCUUUCAGAGCAGGCCUGUUGUAUAGCUAUUUGUUGAACUGUGUACCUACUGAAUUAGUCAAAGACCUGGCUAAAACUAUUUUUUUUCUUUUCCACUUUACCCCUCCCCCAGACUUGCUUUUGUUAUGUAUUGGCUUGCUAAUCCUUGUGUUGAGCAGUAUCAGACAUCACCUUUCUUGGGGGCACUUAGUCCACUCUUCCGCUUUCUUUGUCGAAGGGCUCCCUUAAUAGGAGAAGUCAACAGGGAGGACAAAAGGGAUUGAAAGUUGUAUUUAAUCGGGGUCAGAGAGGUGGUGUUCAGAGUGACGGGCCCACAGGCAGGCUGGCCUUUUAUGCUUUCCGACGCAGAUGGUCCCAAAGCAUUCAGCUAAGUGAAGAGAAAGCUGCCCAGUGAAAGCUAUUGUAGGGCAGCAUCGUUACAGUUGAGAAGGGUUGCCAAGGGUAACUGGAGAGUAUCACCAGCAUCCUGUGAUCACUAGUCUGUGCCAUUGAAAACCUUAGACUGAGGAUUGCUUUGGGUUCCUUAGCAUCCCGACGCUCGUGCGUAAGCGGUAAUAUCUUCUGCUUCCAUUUAAAAAAUUAAUAUCAUUAUUUUUGACUUUGAGGCACACGAACUGCAGAAUCAUUUGCAUUUCUUAAUUUCAGAAUAGCCACCUGCAAGACGUACAGCUACUUGAUUUAGAACAUAUUGCUUUUCUUCCCCUAGGGAACGGUCUAAUAAUAUUUGAACUUAUUAAGAUAACACUGUGUUUACAGAAACUUAAUUUUUUAAAAUUUGUCUGAGUGCAAGAAUAACCAAAUUCAAGAAGAGGAGGGGGGAAAAAAAAGGAGGUUCCAUUAUUUGACACGGGUAAAGCCUGUGGCCAUGUGCAAAAGCUUUGGAAACUGUGCCCAAAGUAACCCGGGGGAUUACUUUAGUACCUCCUUUGGUCAAAACAAGCAGUGCACUGCAGCAGGUAAAACGUGCUCCUGACAAAAUAGCUGAGUGCUUUUUUUUUUGUUGUUAAACUGGAACCCUGCUGGCUUUUUUUGUUGAAGCCGUAGACGUUCAAAACGGUAACUGUGCCAUAAGUCGUGCGUGAAACCCCAAAUGAAAGUGCAAGUACGUGUGUAAGCCUCCAGCGAAGGCGCGUGGUGCCCUGCGAGGAGGCCGGCGCACGGGGUGAAGUGAGAGCCACGGAUCCGGACACACGUGCCAGAGGGACAGCUAUGGCUGCACAACCAUUAUUAUCACGUAGUCCUCUGCAAUUUACCGUGGAAGGAUCAUAAAACUUCCGCUGAUGCGUCGUCAAUCAUACGGGGUGUAUUUACACAGCGAACCGGCAAGCGGUUCUGUGCAAUUCCACGUGUGCUUCAGAAAGCAAAUGCAGACUCGACUGAAAUAUUGGCCACGAUGGAUACUGUGGCACUCUGGAGACACUGAUGUGGACUGGUCCAUCAGUAAUAAAGACCUAGAGGCACAGAUCUGUAACUAUGCAAGUGUGAGGCGUACGAGUGUCCGCUACUACACAGCCGACAAAAAUGUUACCUGCAGAAAUUGUGGGAGACCAGGGCAUUUGUCCAAAAACUGCCCUGUUCCAAAGAAAACUCCCCCUUGUUGCCUGUGUGCAGAAAGAGGUCACCUACAGAACACUUGUCCAGCACGGUUCUGUUUGAACUGCUGUUUGCCUGGCCAUUAUUUUAGGGAAUGUCUUGAGAGAUCCUACUGGAAUAAGCACUGCAGUCGCUGUGAUAUGAAGGGGCAUUAUGCUGAUGCUUGCCCAGAAAUAUGGAGGCAGUAUCACCUAACAACAAACCCUGGACCAAUCAAGGCAGCCAGUUCCCACUCCGAGCACUCUGCUGCCGUGUACUGCUACAACUGCUCCCGGAAAGGACAUUUUGGAUAUGAGUGCUCAGAAAAGCGCAUGCGUGGGAGCAUGUUCCCUGCUUCUCCCUUCAUCCACUACUACGACGACGAAUGUGACCUCAAGAGGAGAGCAAACAGAUUAAAAAGAAAGAUUGCAGAACUGCAAGAAGCUGGCCUUCUGCCAGUGCAGCCAGAGACACCAUGGCAGGAGGAGAAACAUGGAGGGCACAGCUGCAAGAAGAAGCCCUGGGAGGAGCACAGUAAAUGCAACAAAGAUGAGUGUCGCAGGAAGAGAAAGUCAUCAUCCCGGGCAGACAAACAGAGAGCAAAAAAGCACAGAAGUGAUGUUGAGAGGGGCCACGAGAUGGAGGAUGACUUCCCUAGAGGGCAUCAUAAGCAGACAUCCAGGGGCAGCAAAAAACAUCACAAGUCCAUUCUCCAGGCAUUUGGCAGCAAGAAGGAGCACGGCCAGCAACUUCUGGAAGCUGCUAAAAGGAAGAAGAAAAGGAAAAAACAGAGAGAUGCCAGUCCUGAUUUCAAUGAGAAUUUAUUCCUUAUUAAACAGAGGAGGAAAAAGUCUAAACAGAAAUCCUCCUUCUGGUGAGGAGGUAGGUGGGUAGCACUGACAGUUGCUGGCCCUGAGCCUGCCUGUUUUUAGUUUUUGUCACUCCUUACACACUGAAUUAGAGUAUGUCCCUGAGUCUGGGGGACACGCCAGGCCCCAGUCACACGAGGAGCAUCCCUCUCUAUUUCCAGAGGAGAUGCUUUGUCUGUUGUGCACUGUUCUCUUGGCAGGGAGCAUUUAAUAUUUGUGUCUGGAAUAACUGCACUUUUUCAGCAGUCCUAGUGUAAGUUUGCUGUAUUUGCUUGUAAUGUGAGGGGCUGGGCUGGGGAAGGCCCGUGCUGCUUUGGGUAGGAUUUCUUUCUUUGCUGGUGAGAUGUAGCUCUGAUAGGGGGAUCUUGGCACAGCGCUCGUGCUGACGCUGAAGGGAAGCUUUCACAUUGGCAGGAGCUGGGGUCCAUGUGUGGAGAUGUGCAUGUUCCCAUCAGCCACUCUCCAGGUUGCACUCAUGUCCCUUCUGGAAGGUGCUGUGGAGGUUAUGCUUUACACUCUGGGAAGUGACAGUCUCCCACCUCACUCUGCAGUGUAGGCCCACCACCAUCAGUGCCACAGCUCUGGGUGCCAAGCAUGGGCAGGCUCUGACUGACCGCAUUCCGUCUCUUUGCUGGCUGGUUGGAACAGCAGGAGAAAGCAGAUGAGAAAAUAUAGCAGAGUUUACAUCUCAUGUUAGAUUUGUCACUGUUCCCCUUGGUGUGGGAGUUGUGUCUGCAGAAAUGGUAGAGCGUGAAGAGUGUAUUUGAUUCCAGACACAGUGCUUAAAACUUAAUAAUUAAAUUUAUUUGUAAGACAGUUAUUUUUGUACUCUGGAAUUGGACGUUGUUUAAAGUUUUGUAAUAGCAAAUGCUUGACCAAAUGAAUAAUCCAAAUAAAAAUCUACGUGGGGGAUAUCCAUA